CCUACUGGACCCUGUUGUGGUUGUGAGCUAGAACGUUAAAAGUGAUUCCUAGGCUAGUACUGUAUUUACUGUAGAUCUCGAAAUUAAAUACUGUUUCUUAUAUAUUUAAAGGAUGCAUUCACCACAAAUCCAAGGAGAGGAAAUUGUAAUGAGAAAUAUUGGCAUGAUUAACACAGCAUUUGAGAGUGCAGACCAAAAUUUCCAGCCAGAGACGAUUGUGAUUGGUGAAACCAGCACAGAAAAUGAAGAAACAUUUGAAAACCAACCAACUGUGGAUCUUAUAUACACCAUAAAUGAUAGGCCACCAUGGUACCUUUGUGCUUUGCUUGGUUUCCAGCAUUAUAUCCUAGCAUUUGGUGGCAUAAUUGCUAUUCCACUCAUUCUGGCUGAACCUAUGUGCAUUGGAGAUAAUAAUGCAGCUAAAAGCCAACUCAUCAGUACCAUAUUCUUUGUUUCUGGUUUGAGCACGCUGCUUCAGACGACCUUUGGAACCAGAUUGCCUAUUCUUCAAGGAGGAACAUUUAGCUUUGUUACUCCUACCUUGGCAAUUCUUGCUUUGCCCAAAUGGAGAUGUCCUGAUAUGAAUGAAGGGUUCGUGAACAAAACAAAUGCUUCACAGAUACACGGAGAUGAAAUAUGGAAAUCCCGCCUGCGUGAGAUUCAAGGAGCUAUUCUUAUAGUUUCCUUGCUCCAGGUCUUGCUGGGAGUGUCAGGCCUCAUUGGGUUUCUUGUUAGGUUUAUUGGUCCUCUAGCUAUUGCACCAACCAUAAACCUCAUUGGACUUUCACUUUUCAUUGAGGCUGGGAAGAAAUCUGGGGGCCAUUGGGGAAUUGCUGCCUUGACUGUGAGCCUCAUUCUCCUUUUUUCUCAGUAUCUAAGUAAUGUGAACGUCCCCAUAUUUGCCUACACAGAGAGGAAAUGGAAAAUUAUCCGAUACCCUCUUUUCAAGCUUUUUUCAGUUUUGUUUGGAAUGUGUGGGUCGUGGGUUAUUUGUUUUCUACUGACAUACUUUGAUGCACUGCCCUCAAAGCUUGGUGACUAUGGCUACACUGCACGGACUGAUAUCAAUCUCGAUGCUGUUAGAAGUGCUCCAUGGUUUCAUGUUCCUUAUCCAGGUCAAUGGGGUGUUCCCACUGUGACCCUGGCUUCUGUGCUUGGAAUGAUGGCUGGAGUUCUCGCUUCCUCCAUUGAGUCCAUUGGGGAUUAUUAUGCAUGUGCACGUCUGUCAGGGGCUCCCCCACCACCCACUCACGCUAUCAACCGGGGAAUAGCAAUUGAAGGGAUAGGAUGUAUUUUAGCAGCCAUCUGGGGAACUGGAAAUGCAACCACGUCAUACAGCCAAAACAUUGCUGCCCUUGGAAUAACAAAGGUUGGCAGUAGAAUGGUCCUUCAGUCAGCAGGUGUUUUAAUGAUUCUGCUGGGACUCUUUGGAAAGUUUGGUGCUAUAUUUAUUACCAUUCCAAAUCCAGUCAUAGGAGGAAUGUUUCUGGUUAUGUUUGGAAUGAUUGCAGCGGUGGGGAUCUCUAACCUUCAGUACGUGGACUUGAAUUCUUCAAGAAAUCUUCUGAUCCUGGGAUUUUCAACCUUUAGUGGUCUAGUUCUUCCGACAUGGUUUAAUUCAAAUCCAGAAAUCAUUGACACAGGAAUUGAAGAACUUGACCAAGUUAUAAUGGUUCUCUUCACAACACAUAUGUUUAUUGGUGGAUUCUUUGGAUUUAUUUUGGAUAAUACCAUACCAGGCACAGAAAAGGAAAGAGGGAUUAAAGCUUGGCGUGAACAAAUAUACCAGAACAGUGGAGGAGGCAGAAAAGACCUAUCUUGCUAUGACAUUCCAUUCUGCAAUGAAUGCCUCCACAAGCUAAAGUGUGCCCUGCAUAUCCCCUUCCUUCAAACAUAUAGGACUGCUGAACAAAGGACAAGAAAUUAGAAUACCUUUCACUUUAUAUCAGUCUAUUCAUUAGUGUCUGUCACAACUGUAACUUGAUGCUUCAACUUAGCAAAGUCUGUGUUCUACUAAUUAUAUAAAAAAGAUGAGGAACAUUCAGCUUCAAAGAAAAUGUAUUUGUGGGGAUUGCAAUUGUAUUUGUACAGUAUAUGCAGUACCAAAUUGUUGUCUAAACUGCAUCAAAUUAUUAAACAACAAUAAGGAAACCA